GGCUGUUGUGGAGAUGCCUGCGGAGAGGUGCCGCCACACCUGAAAACCAAUGUUUUCGGUGAAAAGAAUCCCUUUCUCCACGUUACUUUUAGAUUAUGAAAAGAGCCAAAGGCUUGCAACAGUAACUCCUUUUUAUGGAAUAACUCCUUCUCUGUUUUGGAGUGUACAAUUACCAACCUUUUUUCUUUUGAUGCUUUUGGAAUGGGUCAACAAUGGGGAAAGUCAUUACUUAUUAUGGGGACAAGCAUUAUCAUCAUCGCGCUUAGUCGACGUGUAUCUUCCAUUCCUAGUUAGAAAUCUACCUAACCACUAUCGUCAUGUCACUAGCCCCCUGGAGUGGUUCCCCAGGGAGAGGAGUCGAAAGGAACGCGAGACACUCGCUAGAGGGGGAACGUAAAAGGCACGCAAGGAAGGGGACAAAUGGAGAAACUAGAGUUCACGUCUUAACGUUCAAAGUUCACGUCUUAACGUUCAGAGUUCAUGUCUUAACUUUCGAAAUUCAUGUCGCAACUUUCAAAGUUCAGCCAUGUCUUAACGUUCACAGUUCAAGGCUGGGGGUCAACGUGUAGACUUAGAACUCAGAAUGUAAAUGUAAACUCAAAACUCAAAAUGUAAAUUCAAAACUCAAAUGUAAAUUCAAAAUUAAACAAGAAAAAUCAAAACCAAAGAAGAAAAAUCAAAGUCAAAAAACAUCAAAAAAAAAAUCAAAACCAAAAGAGAGGAACCAAAAUCAAAAAUGAAAAAAGAAAACAGAGGCCAAGCUUCAUAAGUGAAGAGAUUCCUGAUGUUGUGAUCCUGCGUAGCAAGUAAUACUCGGCGCCGCAAGACCGGAAUCAGGCAGCUUAGGUUCUUGUCCUGACUUUCUUCCAUAUGGUAGUCUGAAUCAUGAGUCAUGAUCUCAGCUAGUAGAAGAUCUCUUCUAAUGGAAUCUGCUAUGGUGGACAGCUGUGCUGGCGGGUUUGGAGGCGAUGCCGCGUUUUCGCUGAAGUAUUUCAAGGUUGACCAGACAACCGAUGGAGAGCCUCCGAAAUUCGUUUUAUGGCUUGAGGAAAUAUCCAUCGUCCCCAGCAAACAUCUUGGCCUUCCUGUUUGUGACAGUACGCCAAGAUGCUCACCGCGAUGGACUUCUGCAAGUUCUAAAAGUUGGAGCACCCAAAAACGUGAGAUACCUACGCCUCCCUGCUGCAGACGGGAAUAUUGGAGCGGUGCAACUCAUUGCUCUACAUUGUGGUAGUAACCCUAACAACUGAGGUAAUAGCCGGGCUAUUCUUGUUUUUGGUUCUAACUUCUAAGAAGGACUUCUAAAUAUAGAGAAAGUAUUCCGGCUUCCGUGCGAGAGUUUUAAGGUUCGCAGUAGAUAUAAAGUAGCGAGGGCCCUUCUCUCUGGUUGUGGGUUUAUUUGGUGAACCGGUACCCCAUAGCGAAUAAACCUGUGCACACAACCAGAGAGCUGAGCACUCACCGGAGGCGUUGCACAGGGCUCCGGCCUGCCUUUGAAGGUGAGACCUAUGGGGCUGACAGGACGACGAUAGCGCCGGCGCUUAGUUAGUUUUAGCAGUUAGCAGGAUACUUUAGGAUACUUGUUGAUAGUUGCCCUUUUCUCUUUUAUAUCUUCCUCUGUCUGGUCUGUCUUUUUUCUAGUUAGGUCGGCUCCACCACAAAUAUAGAGAAAGUAUUUUUUUAAGCUGUUCAUCUUCGCGCACUUUAAUAUCCAUAUCUUCAACAGUUUACUAUGUAUAUGUAGAUGCAUCAAGAAGAAUCAAAAUAAUUAGUGCUGUUGAGCAAUAGUAUCUCGCUUAAGCUAAGACGAGAACCGACUUUCAUUUUUCUGCAUUCUUACGGCACGGAGUAGGGCCUGUUUGUCAUGAAAAUCAGUGGCCUAAAAAUUGGCCGCGGCGGGCUAAGUCCUGCUGCUUUUUCAAUGGGGUCCGACAAAGAGAGGCGACGGAGGAUGGCGGCAAAGGCUCUGGCGUAGCGUGGCGCUACCAUCUCGGGCCUGUCUCUCUUUUUCGUCUUGCCUCCAUCGGGAAUAUCACGCACAACGAAAACAGAGGAAGAAACAAGGAAGGACGGCCAGCCCUGUGGGUGCGCGGGCUGUCUAUUCCUUGCGCUUGAUAGUUAUACCCGCGCACACACUCACAGAGGCAGGCAGCAUUGAUUGCGAGACGUGCGGGGGAUUGAUUGUGCGUGAAGAUACGCGCAGCGCAAGCCUCGCGCGCGGCGUGCUUUGUGAGUCUUCCUCUUCGUCCUUUUGUCCUUCGGCAGCCGCUUCCCCGAUGCUCCCAGCCAUCUUCACACCGGCGCCCUUUUCUUUUCUCGCCGAGGCCGCCGACGUAUGCUCUGCGUUGGAUGGUCUUUGGCCUUCAGCUUCGUCGCUGUGUGCGCGCGGCUCGUUGCUAGCCUUUGAAAGUCACAAGAGAGGCGAGGGAAGUGCCCCGCACCCUUCCGCCUAGGCUCGCUUGCUGUCCCUCACCUGAUCAGAUGCGCCCCAAGCAAAUGACACUCCACGGCAGCCACCAUCACUGGGGCUCGGCUUUUCUCUCUCGAGGGGGAUCGGCCAGCAACUGACGCCGCCGUCGGCUUGCGUGUGGACAGCUUAGAUGGAUAGUGGCGCCCACGCGCGGAGAAUUAUUCAGGGGCUUGUGGGGCUCCCAGUGAGUCGCCCCAGCCAAGGCCGCCAAACGACUGACCGACAGGCCACUGGCUGCCUGGCGUGGAACUGACGGGGGCUGGCGCAAGUGAGUAAGAGAACACACAAACACGCGCCGCCGGCCCGCCGAGCAAUGCAUGCAACAAGCCAACAGAGCAGAGGGGGCUCACCAAAUGAAAGGCGCGCGCCACGGUGGUUCUGCGUUCUUGCUGUGGCUCUUCCCUCGCGGUGGGUUGCUUUUUCCUUUGGGUGGUUGUGAGAGAGUGUUCCCUCCCACUUGUCGCCCCUGCAAGAAAAGAAGCCAUCAAAGGCGCGCGCCGCCUUGUGUGCAGCCGGGCGUGCGACGUGUAGGGCAUUCCAUUCCAUUCAAUGCCUACCCGCGGCGUUCAGGCUUGAGAGUUAGUAGAACGGAGGAACGGUCGCCGGCCACUCGACCGGCGGGCGGGUGGGCUAGGGGGGUUGCAGCAUGCCCCGGAAAAAUUGCUCACAGCAUCGCAUGCAUGGAAGUCACCACGCCAGCCAACUGCAGCUACACAAAGUGAACGAAAAAGCCACCCACUGCCAGGCUGGCCGCGUUGUCUGAGACGGAUGGCCCCGCGGCUUGUUAUUGAUACCCCUUCCUAGCGAGGGCGGCGCGUGUGGCUUUUUUUUUUCCUCUUGGUGGCUUUGUUCUUGUCUGGUGUCUCGGUUCUUCUUCACUUCGCGUUGCCCCAAGCUCAGGUAGUCUCACUUUGCAGGCGAUCCCGUCUCCGUUUCCCUUGCCUCAAAUCUGAGGCAGGCGCUCGCGCUGAGCUUUGCUUCCUUGUGGGUUCGCUUUGGCGGCGCUUUUGUCGCGCCCAUGCGCCCUAGGCCUCGCUCAUGCACCCACAGUCAGCCUCGCCCCCCUGGCUUUCUUCUGUGUUCUUCUUUUGUGUCGUUUGCCUUUCUCCUCAGAAGUCCGUGACGUGUGUGGGGAUGGGCUAGCUUUUUCUUCUGGCUCAUUCUGAUCUGUAGUUACCCUUCCGUGUCAUAGCCUUGGCCGAGGUUCUUUGACUGAUACGAGACAGAAAAGGCGCGCCCCAUAGAGAAACCUGACACACAGCAGCGCAGGGAAGCCGUCAUCCUUGCGCUAGCUUGUGACAGUGAGCGCUAUGUAUUUAGAUAAGUAUAUAAUACUCAUCUUUGUCCUCUUAGUUGUUGCCAUGAUCAAUCUGCAGCCGAGAUAAUUUUGAAUACUCUUCGUCGAAGAACAAGAUCAAUAAAAAAGACCACAACAUCCAAGAUGACGCUCAAUUAUCGAUCUUCGACGUUCGCUUUGAUAAUCAUGAAGACAGCGUUCACCUUCUAGAGGUCGUGUCUUGCAAUUAUACUUCUACUCCUGGCGCAGCAUCUGCUACAGACAUCUUUCAUCUUUGCAAUCUCACUAUGUAUAUUUAUUUGUUGAUAUUCUUUCUAAGGUCUACAUCAGGCAGCUUAUGCUACUCCAGCAACUACUAGAGCGCUUCCUCCUCUCACUCCACAGGAGUACGACGAGACGGUAAAGGAUGACUGCGGUGACGAUGCCAUUGUUG